AUGUCCACGGUCCCAUACCUCGCAGUCCCAAGUCCAACGCACGCCUCCCAAAGAACGCACAUCAACGCCGUCCAUCACAUUCUCGAAAACGAAGGAAUUCUGCACGUGCAGCUCGGCUUCCCGGAUGACAAGAGCUCUUAUAUCCAAGAACUGCUGCUAAACCUGCACAAACACCAUGGGCAUGGCCUUCCUCUCACACACAGUGCUGAUCGUGGUUGGAUGUGGGAUAUUCGGCCCAGUUUGGAGGUUUUCCAGAGCAAUAACCACCAGGCACGAUCAGAGACCAUGGAGCAAUUUCCCUGGCAUACAGACUGCAGCUAUGAGAGGAAAGCACCGCGAUUCUUUGCACUCCAAGUCCUGCACCCAGAUCAGUGUGGUGGAGGCACAUUAUCUGUGUUGAAUGUUGACCAGCUCCUGACUCUUCUUUCGCCAUCUGCUAGAAAAUGGCUCUUCACACCGAACUACCGGAUCAAGGUCCCCCCAGAGUUUGUCAAGAACCCAAACGAAAAGGCCAUCAUAGGCAACCUACUCACCAUGAAUGCCAAUGGCAAGGCCCAACUCCGAUUCAGAGAAGACAUCACCUUUGCCCUAUGUCCCGAAGCAUCAGAAGCAUUGCGAGAAUUAAAGAGUGUCCUCGGUGCAGCGGCGAAGCGGCAGAUCCUCAAUCUUACAGCGGAACGUUUAUCCCGGGGAUCGAUUAUCAUGAUGGACAAUGGACGAUGGUUACAUGCUCGCAAUGAAGUGAAAGAUCCGAGUAGGCAUCUGCGACGGGUUCGUUGGGAUGCACAGGAAUUCGCCAAUCCUCCGCAGCUGGGUCUGUGA